CCAACCCAGUGAUAUACGAAAUACAAAGCCUUCGAAAACUCUUCUGAAACCUUUCCCUUCGUGAGAGGAAUCCAAAGGUGAAAGAAUCGUAAUAAAAUAUCGUGAAACAAGGGAGUUAUCACUCACCGGAGUUUCGCCGGUUUGAGUUUUGACGUCGAAGAACGGAGGAAAAAGGAGAGCUGCCGCUGCCGCCAAACUAUUACUGACCUUCGCCGUCCCAGAAGGAGUGCACCGCCGCCACUAAUUCACGGGUGUUGAGUCGAUCGAUGUUGAAGUUGAUUUCAAGAGAGAGCUUCCGCUAGAAAACAUUAUUAGCAAAUCAUUGUUUGGUAUGAGUGAGUACGUGAAUUUGUUAAUUCACCAUGGUGGAAAGUGGGACUGUCCAAAAGAAAAGAAAAAGUAUGUGGGAGGCCAUGUUUUGAAAAAAGAUAAAGUUGACAUUGACUAUGUGAGCAAGUUCGAAUUGGAGGGAUAUGCAGCAGAUUUGGAUUAUACAAAUGGGGUAAAAAUGUGGUUUAGAAGAUUCUCAAUUAGGGAGUUGUGUGGACCAGUCACCUUGCAAGAGAUAAUGUGUGAUAAAGAUGUUCAAGACAUGUUGGUGUGUAACAUAAUGGACCCACACAUUGACUUGUACUUUGUUGCAAACACAAGUAAAAAACGGGUGGUUGGUACUUUAGCAAAAGAAACAACCCAAUCUUCACAGGAAGCCCACACUUCAGUCCCAACUCAAUUACAAAAUAAAGAUCAAGCUCGACAAGCAGACCAAUCUGUGGGUGAAUCCACUACAUUUGUUGAAACUGAAUUACAGAGUGAUGAGGAUGAUGAAGACUAUGUGAAUCAAAGUGGAUCUGAAAGUGCUUCACAUGACCAUUCCAAUUCCAAUAUCAGUGAAGCUUCCUGGCUAUAUGAUGACCUACAAGGGAGUGAAGCUUCCUGGCUAUAUGAUGACCUAGAAGGGAGUGAAGAUGAUGUAUUUAAUCAUGGAGCUGCAAGUUUAAGCCAAAAACCACCCCCAGGUCCAGACCAACCUUCAGAACCAAACCCCUUUUUUCCAGAAGAUCUGAAUGAAGACCAGCUUAAGGAGUUUAAUGAAAGUCCAUGCUAUAGUGAUGACUUGCAUAGCAUUGUAGAAUCUGAAGAUGGUGAUGAAAAGUAUGAAGAGUUCAAUGAAGAAACAGGAGCUACAAAUCCAG